UCUAUUGAUUCGUUAAUCUCUCUCUCCCUCUCUCUCUCUCUGCGUUCAAACGGAAAUUCACUGAGAAAGCAGCAAGCAAUGGGAGUUCGUACGGACGUAGAGCUCUCGAUAGACCGUCGUGUGUUGAAGCACGUCCACGACAAUGUUCACGGCAACAUCUAUCUCGAGCCGCUCUUUUUAAAGUUUAUUGAUACCGAACAGUUUCAGAGGCUUCGUGAGCUAAAGCAACUUUCUUUAGCACACAUGGUUUACCCAGGGGCAGUGCAUUCUCGCUUUGAACAUUCACUUGGGGUGUACUGGUUGGCCGGAAAAGCUGUUGAUACAAUUAACUCUUACCAAGGCUUGGAGCUUGAUAUCGAGCAUUCAGAUAUACAGACAGUAAAACUUGCAGGACUACUGCAUGAUGUUGGCCAUGGGCCGUUCAGCCACUCGUUUGAGCGCGAGUUUCUUCCUCGGCUUCUUAAUGACUUCACAUGGCGUCAUGAGGACAUGUCUGUGAAGAUGAUAGACUACAUUGUUGAUGAGCACAAUAUCGAAAUUGAUUCCGAAUGCCUUAAGAAAGUGAAGGAAAUGAUAACAGCUAGCCAUGAAGAUAAUCCAACAAAGAGUAUGGUUGAAAAGCAUUUCUUGUAUGAUAUUGUUGCAAAUGGUCGGAAUGGAAUAGAUGUAGAUAAGUUUGACUACAUAGUUCGGGACUCUCGGGCUUGUGGUCUAGGUUGCAAUUUUCAAUUUGAGAGGUUGAUGGAAACUAUGCGAGUCAUUGGUGACGAGAUAUGUUAUCGAGCCAAGGAUUAUCUGACAAUCCACAAGUUGUUCGCCACUCGUGCUGAUUUGCAUAGAACAGUUUAUACACAUGCAAAAGUAAAGGCAAUAGAACUCAUGGUUACUGAUGCUCUGUUAAAAGCUAAUGAUUCUCUAGGCAUUUCGUCCUCAAUUUAUCAACCAGCUGAAUUUUGGAAGUUGGAUGACUCAAUACUAAGGCGAAUUGAAAUUUCUACUGAACGUGAGCUCAAGGAAUCAAGAGACUUAAUCCUACGCAUUCGGAGAAGGGAGCUAUAUCAGUUCUGCAAUGAGUUCUCUGUCCCCAAGGACAAAAUGGAGCACUUCAAAAACAUCACUCCACAAGAUAUUGUCUGUUCCCAGAAAGCUGGUGGUGUUACACUAAAAGAAGAAGAUAUUGCCGUGAGCAACGUAAAGAUUGAUUUGACACGUGGAAGGAAUAAUCCUCUUGAAUGCAUCAAAUUUUUCAAGGAAUAUGAGAGCGAUGAAACAUUCCCAAUCCAAGAUGACCGCAUCAGCCACCUGCUACCUGCAUUUUACCAAGAUAUGAUAGUUAGGGUGUACUCGAAGAAGCCGGAACUGGUGGAAGCAGUAUCUGAGGCCUUCGAAAAUUUUCAGUUGAAGACAUAUGGAAUGAAAACACAGGUUCACGCAACUCCUGAAAAGAAGAAACGCCGAACAUAAUUGCAAUAAUUGUCAUGUCCGGCCUCUACGUACCUUGCCUCAAAUAGGUAAAUACUCGUGUUUAUAUAGGAGCAAAGUUGGAAUUAAUAAGUAAAUACUCAUUCUUGCAGAAACAUAUUAAUUACUCCAACCAGUAUAUUAAAUAUAUACUUCAUGUAAAUUCUAUAUACCGAAUUAUGAUAUAAAUCCAUAUAUCUUGGUGCCGA